ACCGGACAAUCAGAAAGAAGUAAGUCCUCGGUACUAUUCAUUUGGUUUUUGUUCGGCUUCGAUGCGGAGCCUUGGUCGCGUAGGCGGUCAGUAUUAGUCGAGACGAGUACCUGGAAUGUUGUUUCAUGUUUGAAUUGUCGGAUAGUUGAAAAAAAAAACUACACGCAUCAAACUGGGGAACUGCAUCGAAAGUGUAGCUGUGAUUCAGUCCAAAUUUUCCAAAACGGAACAGAUGACCCCGGUACUGUACUAUUUACCCCCGUCGCCGCCGUGCCGUUCGGUUCUACUGCUGGCCAAACUGAUCGGCAUGGAGCUGGAACUGAAGACGCUGAACGUCCAAGAGGGUGAACAGUUGCGGCCGGACUUUGUGGCGCUCAAUCCCCAGCACACCAUCCCCACCUUGGACGAUCACGGCCUGGUGCUGUGGGAAAGCCGCGUAAUUCUAUCCUACCUGGUGUCGGCCUACGGCAAGGAUGAAUCGCUCUACCCGAAAGAUUUCCGUUCGCGUGCCAUCGUCGAUCAGCGGCUGCACUUUGAUCUCGGGACGCUCUACCAGCGGGUUGUCGAUUACUACUUCCCCACCAUCAUGGUGGGUGCCCAUCUGGACCAAACAAAAAAAGCCCGGCUGGCGGAGGCCCUCGGUUGGCUGGAGGCGAUGCUCAAACAGUACCAGUGGGCAGCGGCCAAUCAUUUCACGAUAGCGGACAUCGCGCUGUGCGUUUCCGUUUCGCAGACCGAAGCCUUCGGGUUCGAUUUGCUGCCCUACCCGAGGGUACGGGCGUGGCUUGCCAAGUGCAAGGAAGAGCUGGAACCGUACGGUUAUAAGGAAAUCAAUCAAGCAGGAGCGGAUACACUGUCCGGACUUUUCCGAUCGAAACUUAAGCAGUAGGCGACGACGGCGGGUUGUGAAACGAGGGUCUAGAAAUUAUACAACAGGGUAGAAAGAGAUGCCAAUGGCACGGUGCACAGUAAUCGUUGCGAACAGCAAUGUGAUUCGAUAAGUGGAAUUAAAAUCUUUUCCGUUUUUUUGGUCAAAUUCGUGUCACGUUUUGAAAGAAAUUCUC